AUGACGAACUCACCAACCUCGUCCUCUUCGGCGGCAGAGGACAUCGCCGAGAACACUGCCGACGAGGAGGAUCAGGAGGAUUACUGCAAGGGAGGCUACCACCCAGUCACCAUUGGCGAAAAGUUUAAGGACGGAAAAUACACCGUAGUGCGCAAGCUCGGAUGGGGCCAUUUCUCGACAGUCUGGCUAUCAAGAGACAACACCACCGGAAAACACGUAGCCCUCAAGGUGGUACGCUCCGCCGCCCAUUACACCGAAACCGCCAUCGACGAAAUCAAGCUCCUCAAUAAGAUUGUCCAAGCGAAUCCCGAUCACCCUGGUCGCAGACAUGUCGUCAGCCUUCUCGACUCGUUCGAACACAAGGGCCCCAACGGUACCCACGUGUGCAUGGUUUUUGAGGUCUUGGGGGAGAACCUCCUGGGCCUGAUCAAGAGGUGGAAUCAUAGGGGUAUUCCGAUGGCGCUCGUCAAACAAAUCACAAAGCAGGUCCUUCUCGGUCUCGACUACCUGCAUCGCGAAUGUGGCAUUAUCCACACAGAUCUCAAGCCCGAAAACGUCCUGAUCGAAAUUGGUGACGUCGAGCAGACCGUGAAGAGGGUCGUAAAGGACGAGCCCAACGACAAGGAGAACACUCGGAAUAGCCGCAGGAGACGGAGGACCUUGAUUACUGGCAGUCAGCCGUUGCCUUCGCCCUCAACGCCAGCUUCAGCCACGGAUCGAUUUUCCCUUCCCCUGGACCCCAGUGCCAAAUCGCAAGAAGGAAACCCGUUCAACAACAAGAAUGCGGAGGACGACCAAAGUCGACGUGAGAAGAGCGCCGAUCUUCUCAGCAAGGAGGUUUCGGGGAUUUCGCUAGAUAAGACAGCUACACCCCCUGCGACCUCGGGAGACAAGCGCAAUGUAGACGAUAUGCAGUUUGACAUUAUCAGUGUCAAAAUUGCAGAUCUCGGAAACGCAUGCUGGGUGAACCACCACUUCACCAACGACAUCCAAACUCGACAAUAUCGGUCGCCCGAGGUCAUUCUCGGUGCCAAGUGGGGUGCAAGCACGGAUGUCUGGAGUAUGGCUGCCAUGGUAUUCGAGCUUAUCACCGGCGACUACCUUUUCGACCCGCAGUCGGGUACCAAGUAUGGCAAGGAUGAUGACCACAUCGCGCAGAUAAUCGAGCUGAUGGGCCCCUUCCCGAAGUCCCUUUGUCUAUCCGGCAAAUGGUCGCAAGAGAUCUUCAACCGAAAAGGCGAGCUGCGUAACAUCCACCGCCUGAGGCAUUGGGCGCUUCCAGACGUGCUGCGCGAGAAAUACCACUUUAAGCCAGAGGAGGCUCAGCGCAUUGCCGACUUCCUUACGCCCAUGUUGGAGCUGAUACCCGAGAGACGAGCCAACGCAGGCGGCAUGGCGGGACACAACUGGCUCGAGGACACUCCUGGCAUGAAAGGCGUCAAGAUCGACAAGGUAGAGGUUGGAAGUCGUGGCGAGGGUAUAGAGGGCUGGGCAAGUGAGGUUAGGAAGCGAUAA